AUGGCAACAUCAUCGCUCGCGGCUCCCGGGUUAGCCACUCAGGAGGGUAUCAGUGCUUUCGACGCCAUAGCCAAGUUGAAAUCAGUUCCUCUAGGAUAUGUCCAUAUCGCGGACGACGGAGUGGCACGAGCUUAUGACGAGAACGAAUCCGUUAUUGACUAUGUUCCCUUGACCAAUGACCAGCUUAAGCAGCUGCUCAAGAACCUUCCAGAAGCAUGGAAGAAGGAAGCGGAUCAUUUACACGCUGUUUUCGAUGGCGUCGACGGACAUCAAGUUACGGAUGAAAAUCAAUUGCUUGACCCUCCUGCUGAGCUUCGAAAUCCCAUGCCCCGCCAGGCACCUCAGUCUAAGCGCGAAGCCAACCCUCUCCAGCAGGCUGACUGGUACUGCGUCGGCCAACCUUGCACCUCUGGUGAUGCUUGCCGGUUCAUGGGCUGCCGAGGUUGUACGGAUAUAGAUGCUGUCUUACCAGGAGGAGCAGGUGUUUGCUUUUAG